CACAUUUAUAAAUCAUAUAUUUUGUUAUGUUUGUAACAGAGCUACGCGAGAUGGCUAAUUGCAAGAUUUGUAUUCUCAUCGCGUUGCUACCGCAGUUGCUCUACACGCUAGUACAAGGACAGCAAUCUCCGUGUCCACAAUAUUUCACAUACAUAACUAAACCCGGAACAAACGAAACAAUAGGACAUAUCGAAAUUCAAUCUCCACCCAAAACUGAUGAAAUUCAUAUGAGAGUGACCUUAAAAGUCGCCGCUGAAUUGCCUACGAGAUACGUCGGUCGACUGGAAUUGGCACGAUCGAAAGAGGAAUCUGCUCAAGCUGUUCAACAGGGCAGGCAUUUGUCGUAUCACAUUCAUUUUCCUUUACGCGACCCGAUUCCGACAUUGUCUGGGAUGUGGUUCAACGGUGCACAAUAUUGCUCGGGUUCCAAUCCAACGGGGAGUAUUAUAACUACUAUCACGUUGGAACAUACUCUGUAUCUACCGAAUUUCGCGCCGAAUCCGAAUGUAAAUCUGAGACCGACACCGAUACCACCGCGUCAACACAACACUCAGAAGAACCCCUUUACCACCGGCGUCACUCUUUCCGAAGAAGAAAUUAACAAGAACGUAUUCUUGCGUCCGGGUCCGAGCCAAUCACCCCCACGAUACACUAACAUAUUUCUUAACAACAACAGUAACAUAUUCCGGCCGACAACCCCGGUUAUACUAACCCGAAAAAUCAAUAGCAAUAGUAAUACCAACAAAAAUAUGUUUUUCACGCCGUUUUCAUGGACUACUACGGUUAAACCAACUCGACAUUACAAUAAUAAUAACAAUAAUAAUAAUUAUAACGAAUGUGGCAUCAGCGGCCACAGCGGGGCCACAAAUCUUCUGAUCGCUAACGGAGAGAAGACAUUGCCAGGUCAGUGGCCGUGGCUGGUGGCACUCUUCGUCGUAAAAAAGGGAUACGAGUUUCAGUGUGCAGGUUCUGUUUUGACUACAAAACAUGUUCUAACAGCGGCGCAUUGCUUGAAAUUGAGCCUCACUAACAACGAUACCAUACUCCCCAACUUGUUGGAGGUUGCUUUGGGGCGGUUCCACUUGCGCCAGUUUCGCGAAAAGGGAACAGUCAAUCGAGAGAUCGCGAGCUACAAGAUCCAUCCCGACUAUGUGCACGCGGCCACCGGCGACUCCGAUCUGGCGAUUUUGACCCUCAGGAUGCCCGUCGAGUUCAGCGCUUUCAUCAAACCUAUUUGUCUGUGGUCCAAAUCGACCGAUCUUCAGGACAUCCACAACAAGGUGGGAUACGUCGUGGGAUGGGGCCAGGACGAACACGGGAAUCGUUACACUGAAGAACCGCGGAUGGCGACGAUGCCGAUAGUGAGUCAGGUAAGAACCUUUACGAGAUUUGGUUUUCCGCGCUCCGUGAAUUUUGCUAUUACAUCGAUAUACAAAUCGAAUUUCUCAAUCGAAAGUGAGAUUCUUUAAUAAUAAAACUU